AUGCCGGCUGUGCCCAACGUCUCGCGGCAAAAUGCCAUUCAGGCCAUCGAGGAGCAAUUCAGCGUCGACAAGGCCAUGCUGGAAUCCCUGGUCGAACGCUUCCAGGAACUCUACCACUACGGUCUCGCCAACCAUGGCGCCGACAUGCAGAUGAUCCCCUCCUUCGUCACCGGCGUGCCCGAUGGCACCGAGAAGGGCACCUACCUUGCGCUCGACCUCGGAGGCACCAACUUGCGUGUCUGCGAGGUGGCGCUCGACGGCAAGGGCACCUUCGCUAUCAAGCAGGAAAAGUACAAGGUCUCGGAGCAGCUCAAGCGCGGUCCCGUGCGCGACCUCUUCGACUACAUGGCCACCAGCGUCGACAACUUCCUCACCGACUUUGGCACCGCUUCCACCGAUGACGUCCUCUUCCUCGGAUUCACCUUCAGCUUCCCCGUCGAGCAGACCGCCAUCGACCGCGGCCACCUCAUCCACUGGACCAAGGGCUUCGACUGCCCCGAUGCUCCGGGCAAGGACGUCGUCCAGCUCUUGCAAGAUGCGCUCGACCGCAAGCACAUCAAGGUCAAGUGCAGCGCGCUCGUCAACGACACCGUCGGUGCCCUCCUCGCCCACGCCUACGCCUCCAACGGCGCUCUGAUCAGCGCCAUCUUCGGCACGGGCACCAACGGCGCCUACCUCGAGGACAUCUCCAAAAUCACCAAGCUCAAGUCCGCCGAGGGCUCCAUCACACACAUGGUCAUCAACACCGAAUGGGGAGGAUUCGACGACGACCGCAAGGCGUUGCCCGUCACCAUCUUCGACAACCAGCUCGACCGCGAAUCCAUCCGACCCAGGAACCACGUCUUUGAAAAGAUGAUCAGCGGCAUGUACCUCGGCGAGGUCGCCCGACUCGUGCUUCUCCACCUCAUCGACCAGCUCGUCCUCUUCCAGGGCUUCUCUUCCGCCAUCCUCAACACGCAGUACGGCUUCGACACCGCCUACAUGUCCGCCAUCGAAGCCGACAACGAGCCUGCCUCGUCCUCGUCGAGCGCCACCCGCAAGGUGCUUGUCCAGACGCUCAGCAUCAAGGACGAGUACAUCUCGACCGAGGACAUCGAGACCGUCCGCACCGUUUGCAAGAUCGUCGGCACGCGCGCAGCACGUCUGAGUGCCACCGCCAUCGCCGCCACCAUGAUCCAGACCGGCAACGUUCAGAGCACAGGGCCGCAAGACCAGGGCGUCAAGGUCGGCGUCGACGGCAGUGUCAUCGAGUUCUAUCCUCACUUUGAGGAGCGUCUGAGAGCCGCUCUGCGCGAGCUUAUCGGCGAAGAGGGCGAGAAGCGUGUCAAGAUUGGUCUCGCCAAGGACGGAAGUGGUGUGGGAGCUGCUCUUGGAGCCCUGCAAGCCGCCAAGCAGGCCGCCAGCGGCCACCGUGUCGAGACCUGA